AUGGCGCGAGCUUGGCAGGGGCGUCCUGAUUUGGCACCACUGACGCUUGCCGUACUCUGGGUGUGUGUGGCUUCAUUUCUCCUGCUCAUUGGCGCUGCUGGUCUCGUGCUUUCCGCAUAUAGCGAUCCAAACUCGAGUCAGGAGCACGGAGUGUGGUUGCUGAUGUGUGCAGGCCUCCUCAUGCUGACCUGCGCGUCCACCCAGGCAUGUCAAGCUGGUCCUCCAUGCUGUUGGAGCUGUUGGCAGCGAGAUCCCGAAGGAAAGAAUGUGAGAUGCAUGAUUGGGGCACCCUUCAAGUUCAAGGACUUGGGGGCCGAGGUGUCCACUUUCUCUGAGAUCUACAUCCGGCCAGAUCGAACAACGGUCACGGGGAGCCCUUACCCGGCUCCUUCUACUAAGGUGGUUCCGAACAGCGCCUGUGUGUGCUGCUUGGCCAGCUUCGCGCCGAGAAGCCAGGUGACUGUGUUGCGGUGCGGGCACGUUUAUCACAGGGAGUGCAUCGUGCGCUGGUCCCUCUCGGGUUCUUCGUCUGCAAGUGAAUGCCCAAUCUGCCGUGAAGGAUUUGAGCUGCUGAGCGUCUGA